CCGGUCCUCCCUCCUGUCCUCUCAAGUCACUCACAUCCGGGGCCGCUCGCCACCGGUCCUGCCUCAUCCACGGAGCUGCGCUGCUCCUCCCGCGCUUCCCGCUCGGGCGCCGGGGCCUCCUCUCCGUCGCCGCUGCCGAACGCGUUCCCCCGAGAGCCUGGUUGGUGCGCGCGCGCGCCGAGCUCGGUGCGCCUCGUCAGGGGACGCGCGGACGGUCGCUCAGCCUCUCCAGAGGGCGAGAUCCGUGCACUGGCGCGCCGACCUCCGCUGGAGACGGCCAGCAAUGCCAGCCGCCCGCCUGUCCUCCUUCAAGGCUCCUUCACGAGAGCGCCGACCUCCCCUCGCCGCCUUGGCUGCCGCCACGGAGCGCGUCCGCGCCGGAACGCUAAGUCGGCAGGACGCGCACCACCUGUUCGACGAAUUGCUGAGCCAAGCCGCGACAGUCCCAGUACGCAAGCUGAACAACUUUCUUGCCGCCCUCGCCCGUGCACCGCCCUCAGCUGCCUGCAGCGAUGGUCCGGGCCUUGCCAUCGCCCUCUUCAACCGCAUGUCCCGAGGCGCUGGUGCACGGAUGGUGUCGCCCACGCUCUGUACCUAUUCCAUCCUCAUGGACUGCUGCUGCCGUGCACGCCGCCCGGACUUGGUGGUUGCCUUCUUCGGCCGCCUCCUCAGGUUGGGGCUGCGCUUGGGGGUCAUCUCCUUCAACAAUCUCCUCAAGGGGCUUUGCCAGGCCAAGCGCUCAAAUGAGGCUUUGGACAUGCUGCUCCACCGGACACCUGAACUACACUGUGCGCCUGAUGUCUUCUCGUACAACAUAGUAAUCAACGGCUGCUUGAAAGAAGGUGAAGUAGACAAAGCGUGCAAUCUCUUCCAUGAGAUGCCCCAACUGGGAGUUCAACCUGAUGUGGUGACCUACACCUCAAUCAUGGACGCACUAAGCAAGUCCGGAGCAAUGGACAAGGCAGAAGUGCUCCUUCGGCAAAUGGUUGAUCAAGGAAUUGAACCCAAUAUCAAGACAUAUAGCUAUCUGAUCCAUGGAUAUUCUACUUUUGGUCAGUGGAAGGAGGCACUUAGGGUAUUCAAAGAAAUGGCAAGUCUUGGUGUUGUACCAGACGUUGUCACGUUGACCUCAUUAAUCGAUUCCCUUUGCAAGCACAGAAGGACAAAGGAAGCUAGAGAAAUUUUUGACUCUAUGGCUGCAAAGGGCCUGAAACCUAAUAUCGUCUCCUACUCUACUAUGCUUAAUGGGUACUCCCUCCUGAUGGAUGAGGCUAUGCACAUGUUCGAAGUAAUGAGGCAACAAGGAGUAAACCCGGAUGUAUUUGACUAUCAAAUCAUAAUGGAUUCACUUUGCAAAAUGGGUAGGAUGGAUGCUGCUCUGGACAAAUUUAAUCAGAUGGUCAAUCAAGGAGUUUCACCUAACAAAGCUGUUUACCAAUGCCUGGUUCUGGGUUCUUGCUCUCAUGGUCAUUUUGUGAAAGCCAAGGAAUUGAUUUCUGAAGUGGUUAAUAGAGGUCUGUGUUCUAACAGUGUGUUCUUCUAUCCUGUAAUAAACGACCUUUGCAAAGAAGGAAAGGUAAAGGAGGCACAGGAUAUGUUUGACUUCAUCCUAGGUAUUGGUCAGCGGCCUGAUGUGAUUAUGUACACUUCACUGAUGGAUGGAUAUUGCCUUGUUGGCGAGGUGGAGAAAGCACUGAGUGUACUCGAUGCUAUGAAAUCUGCUGGCCUUCAACCUGAUGAUGUUGUAUAUGCUACACUUCUUAACGGUUACUGUAAAAUUGGAAGGAUCGCCGAUGGAUUGAGCCUUUUCAGGGAAAUGUCACUCAGCGGGGUUAAGCCCAUGACUAUUAUAUACAACAUUAUACUGGAUGGGCUGUUUUGCUCCGGGAGAACAGUUUGUGCAAAGGAAAAAUUCAAUACGAUGACUGAAAGUGGCAUACCAGUGGGCGUUGACACAUACAACAUAGUUCUUAGUGGACUUUGUAGAAAUAAUUGCACUGAUGAAGCAAUAGAGCUGUUCAAGAAACUACGUGCAACGAACGUGAAGAUUGAUGUCAUAACACUCACUACCAUGAUUUCUGCAAUGUUUAAAACUAGGAGAAUUGAAGAGGCCAAGGAUUUGUUUGCUACUAUAUCAGCCAUUGGGUUGGUGCCUUCUGUUGUGACUUACAGUGUAAUGAUGACGAAUUUCAUAAAAGAAGGGUUGCUGGCAGAGGCUGAUGAUAUGUUUUUAACAAUGGAGAAGGCUAGCUGUGCUUCCAACUCCAGUCUGCUAAAUCAAGUGGUCAGGGCGUUGCUGGAAAAAGGUGCAGAUGUAAAGGCUGCAACUUAUCUCGCUAAACUUGAUGCUAAACAGCUGUCAGUUGAAGCUUCAACGAUUUCGUUAAUAGUAUCUCUCUUCUCAAGGGAAGGGAAACUAAGGGAGCAUAGCGUGAAGGAUCAGCGCUGUACUGCCAUUGGGAAUUGGGAUUCUCAUCUCAGAAACAUUUGUCAUAGUGCAUUCUACGGUGUUGACUGUUGA